AUGGCGGACAGCCUAAGAAGAUUAGUUAACAACGAAAGCUGUCGGAUGUUGUCGGAGAAAUUGGAGAACUGGUACAAGGACUACCAUAUAAACUCAUGUGAUCAAAACUUGAAUUGCUGCUGUGAAAUGCUUGAACUGAAUUCUAAAAUACAAGGGCAACUCUUCACAAUCCUGAACCUAAUAGCACAAGAAGGUGGACAUUACGCUGGAGUGGAAAUAAUAAAAUCUCGAUUUCUGCCUUGGCUGGGAACUUGUUUCUCCAAUACUACCAUAACAAAAUCCACAGACGGCAACUUGAUUCUUUUUCAGGACAAACAGCUACGAGAACUUUCUGCUACUCGGGAACGGGAGAUACAGCAGUUAGAUUCAGAACUGAAUUCAACUCGUGUACAGCUCAACAUGGUUCAACAAGAUCUGAGAAAAACUAAGAUGGAUCUUGAGGAUGUCAGGACCAGAUCAGCUACAGCCCUUUUGGCUGCUGAGGACGAAAUACUUCAUCUAAGACUCAAGACUCUUCAAUCCCAGGAGGAGGCCCGCAAACGUAGCUUUGACAUGCUAACUGACUAUGAACGCCAACUUCGGAAUCUGAAAGAUGAGAUUGCUGUCCUGACUGCAGAAAAAUCUGCCCUCCAGAACAGAUGCUCUAGGAGCCCUUCUCCUUGCCGGACCAGCUAUCCCAGCAGGCCCGACAGUCCUGUUAAGAAAGAGAAGCCCUCGUUAGAAACAUCUAUAGCAAUUCCAACCAACAAGAUGACAAGCAAUGCCACUCGCAAAGCUUGUCUCUUGGACCGUUUUAGUGAUGCAUAUGCUUAUGCCCGCCUGGAAGCUCAGAACUUGCUCAAGCAAUACAUUGAUCGUUUGGAAACAAUACAGAGGAUCAUCUAUAUUGCCACAGUGGAGUCUUUCCAUGUAGCCAAGCUGGCAUUCAUACACUUCAAAGUACAUGUGAAGAAGUGUUUAACACCCAGUCAUGGGGGCCCAGAAGCUCUUGAGAAUGCUGUCAUGGAUUACACAGCUGACCAUCUUGAUUUAUAUGAUGUUCAACACAGUGUUAAUGAUGUGAUUUGUGCCAUGAAUAUGAACCCCAAGAUUUCUUUUCCACCUCAAGUUGACUAUAAGCUCAUCGACUGCUUCAUCAGGGAGAUGUGUUAUAUUGCAUUUGCAAUGCAGACUUUGGAGCCUCCCCUAGACAUUGCAUUUGGUGCUGAUGGAGAGGUUUUUAAUGAUUGCAAGUAUCGCCGCAGCUGUGACUCUGAUUUCACGGCUCCCUUGGUCGUCUAUCACGUGUGGCCGGCUCUGAUGGAGAACGACGCUGUCAUCAUGAAGGGAGAAGUCGUCACCACGAGAGGGGCUUUUUGGUCACCUGCGACAACCACCAUCCGCAGUAGAAGCAGGAGCUUAAGCCCUAGUCGUUACCACAGCAGUAUGGCUAGAAGCACCAAGAAAGCGAAGCCCUUCUCCAGAAAGGACUACACAUUCAAGAUUGACUUUAAGUUAUUACCAGUCAUAUUUUUGGGUGGAGAGCAUGUGGCUCGGAAGGACAAACUGAUUGUUGUGAAAAAGUCAAUAUUGCUAGUAAGUGGCAAGCCAACUUCUCGAAAACCCCACCGACGAGCACUUUUAGUAUUUAUCCAAAACGCCUCUUUUCUGAACGCAACGGUCGCCCAAGAGGUCUUGGACAUAGGCAGGAAGUGA